AUGUUAAUCAAUCAGACAUUUCCUGAUAACUUACAAACUUUAGAUCUUUCACAGAACAAAAUUGAAGAUUUAACAUGUUUAAAUAUUACAAAUUGUACAAGCUUGUCAAAUUUGCAAUUGAGAGUUGUUACAAAAAUCGAUGAACCAAAAGGUGCUACUAAAUUAAGAAAUUCUAUUUUGAAAAUAAAGUCUAAAACUGGAAGCUGUAAUGCGUAUCUAUCAGCUUAUAGACGUCGAAAAACAAAAGUUAUAUUUGAAACUAGGAAUGGUGAAGUUAAAACUUAA